CAGUGGAGCCUCGGCGAGGCGGACGAGGGAGCAGGCUGGGCAGCGGCGUGCAGCGCCGUUGAGGGCGCUACCCCGCGCGCUCCCAGGCCGCCCCGGGUCUCGGUCUCUUCAAAAGAGGAUCAGUACCCGGGGCCGACGAGACGGGACAGGUGGGGGCGCCGUCGAGGUGUGAGGCCGCCGCCGGAGCUCAAGCCCCCCGCGGUGUCUCGAGUAGCAGGUUGGCGCCGGCGGUCGGGGUCGGAGGGUUGGACACUUCCUGGGCCGAGCGGAGAUCCGGGUUUGCCUCUCGUCCCGGCUCCGGACCCCAACGUUGGUGAGGCGGUCCCGGGAGCAUGAGUGGGCAGCGCGUGGACGUGAAGGUGGUGAUGCUGGGCAAGGAGUACGUGGGCAAGACGAGCCUGGUGGAGCGUUACGUGCAUGACCGCUUCCUGGUGGGGCCCUAUCAGAACACCAUUGGAGCCGCCUUCGUGGCCAAGGUGAUGUCUGUCGGAGACCGGACAGUGACUUUGGGUAUUUGGGACACAGCAGGCUCUGAGCGCUACGAGGCCAUGAGCCGAAUCUACUAUCGGGGUGCGAAGGCUGCCAUCGUGUGCUAUGACCUCACAGACAGCAGCAGCUUUGAGAGAGCAAAGUUCUGGGUGAAGGAACUGCGCAGCCUAGAAGAGGGCUGUCAGAUCUAUCUCUGUGGCACCAAGAGUGACCUGCUAGAGGAGGAUCGGCGACGUCGACGUGUGGACUUCCACGAUGUCCAGGACUAUGCAGACAAUAUCAAAGCUCAGCUCUUUGAAACAUCUAGCAAGACUGGUCAAAGUGUGGAUGAGCUCUUCCAGAAAGUGGCAGAGGAUUACGUCAGCGUGGCUGCUUUCCAGGUGAUGACAGGUGCGUGCUUCCCCAAGCCUCUGUGGAGACUUCCUCUAGGCCAUUGCCCUCUUCAUGAGUUACCUGAUCCCCCAAGCAGAAUGGUGUUGAGCUGCCAUCUCUCUUUGACAGAGGACAAGGGUGUGGACCUGGGCCAGAAGGCAAACCCCUACUUCUACAGCUGUUGUCAUCACUGAGUCACCACCCACCUGGCCUGGGGGAAUUAAAUGAAUUCCCACAGGGCUGGACCCAGCUCUUGUCUAGGCUUGGGUGGUCAAAUGUCUGAGCUACCCCAGGUCCCCAGGGCGGCAGAGGUGGCACCUGCCUGUGCUGGCCCAUGGAACGGAGGCAGCAUUGGGCUGAUGGGAAUGAGGAGGGCUGAGGGCUGACUUGGACCCCAGGCUUCUGCCCUGGACAGCACGUGUGUCUGCAUUUUAAGUGGCUUCUGACUUGUAAAUAAAAUGAAUGCACUGUGAAUGAC